AUGUCGUCUGAAUAUGUGCCUUCCUCUCAGUUCCAUGAUGCUGCUGCAUACCUCACAAGUGCGCCCUCCCUGACGAAAGUGUCGAAUGCUGUCAAGCUAGAGCUCUAUGGGCUCUUCAAGUAUCUCACAGUGUCCCGUUCACCGAACACGUCUCAGCCAGGCCUACUUAACUUCAGUGGGCGAGCAAAAUGGGACGCCUGGAACAGCACUAGCCAGCAAUUUGCCAGCCGUGCGCCGGAUGCCGAAGCGCGAUACCUGCAGAUUGCUACAGAGCUGGGCUGGACACCAGGCGAAACCCCAUCUUCGCAGGCCGAGAAGAAGCGAGAGAAUUCGAACACAAGUGAGGACGAUGAUAUCUGGGACAAGGAUACAGGCUCGAAGACGAGUGGAGGCCCAAGUGGUCUCGGGAACUCAGUGAGCACGGUCUCGCAAGUUGACGAGGAGCAAAGAGAGCAGGGAACUCUACACGCCCUUGCGGUCUCUGGAGGCGCACAGGAGCUGGAGAUGUUCCUACAGUCACAUCCGGAUGCACAGCUAGAUGAGAGGGAUACAUAUGGAUAUACGGCUCUACACUUGGCCAGUGACAGAGGGCACUUAGCCGCGGUCAGUCUUCUUCUUCAACGAGGAGCAGAUACCACCCUCAAGGACGCAGACGACUUGACGGCCGCCGAGCUUGCUCGCAUAGCUGAACAUGACAACAUCGCGGAAUUGCUAGGAUCUAAGCAAUGA